AUGAUGCUCGAUGUUGACCUUGACGUCUCUGAUCAUGCGCUAGAAGAUUUCUUUGCAGUAAGCGAAGAACUUCAGUCCAAACGCCCUCGUGACGACGACUCUUCCUCUAUUUUCUCCCACCCUCCCAAGCGUGCCUCCUCUCCCGCCCCUGGUGCAGUGAUGGCGGAUCCGAUGCAAGCUGAGCCUGUGGUCCCGCCGCCGCGUCCUGUUGCCUCUCUUCCGCCACGAACCCCUCUGCCCCCUCGUGCGACUGGCGGUGUACGUGCGGCGGUGUCGUCUCCUGUGUUGGGUGCGACUGGCGCCCAGCAGGAAACCGAGUCUUCGGCAGACGCGCCGUUCCCUCCCCCCCCUCCGACAUCUGCCCCUGUCACCUCCGCUCCUGUCCCUGCUCCUGUUACCCGUGCUGCGGCCCCUCAUGCACGAAACGCCCUUCUGCGCCGCUAUACCGACGCUGUCCUUGAGACUGUCACCAGGGAUCCGGCGCUCACCGUCACCAUCCUGAUGGAAGAGAAGUUCGCUGCGGAAAAACUUCGGUCUGCGAUUCAUCUGGCGAUCAUGGCGAAAUUCCGUGACGAGCAAUUCCCCGGUGGCGUGAUUCCCCUCUACGAGACCUCGGCUGGCGAUCUGCUUAAUUUGCCUCGCGCCUCCUACGGGCGGCAGCUCUACGCCUGGCCGACCGCCGCCGAUGCUCGUGUCUUCCGUGACUCUUUUCCCAUGCGUGUUCGCCUCGCUGAUGGGCAGCAUGUUGAGCUUCGUGUUUUUCACGAGACGUCUCCUGGCUUCGCCUCUGCGAAAGCACAGGGUGCGACGACGAUCCUGGUUCGUAACCUCCCGGAUAACUGUGACAUCGCCCGUGUGCGUGAUAAGCUUCUUUCUGGCAGGUCCGGCGGGCACAAGUGGCUGGCCACGCUGGAGCAUUUUCAUCGUGUCAAGAACCCGUUUACGGGUUUCGAUUUGCCUCAGUUCGCCGGAAUCGUCACGCCGGUCACUGGAGAUCCGGACUUCGCUUUCCUCCCUCCUGUCCUUCUUCCCCCUAACCCUCUCCUGGGCGACCCCAUGUAUGUGCACCUGUCGUGCCAUACCUGCGCCAUCUGCGCCAGCAACCAUCGCACCAUUGAUCACGAAGUCUUCGCGGUGUAUCGUGCUGGCAAAGCUCCCAACCCGUCCCAGCUGACGGUCCUGCAGCUUCAACAGCACAAUGGUACCGCCUCUCUCGCCCCGGUGUUUUUCUCCUUAUGUUGUGCCCCUCUUCUUCCAUUUCCGCUUUUCUGCCUCCGAAUGUUACGCCUCUGGUCUUGUGCUCGCCCCUCUAUUGCCUUGUCUGCUCUUUGUCCCCUCCCCCCCUUUAUGCACCUUCCGGCUCUGCUUGGCUGGAUGGCCGUCUACCCUGGGCGCUGGGCCCCGAACCUUGGUCAGACGCCGGCAAUCAUGGCCGUCCGUGCGGAUCCUGGACUCCUGCUCAUCGGCAUGGAGUACGCCGUGGAGCCCUGGACCUGCUCCCUCUACGACUUCGUCUGUGGCCCAGCGUUGGAUAGCGCCCUGGACCAUCUCCGCUCGGCGGAGCACGUCUCCAAGCUCAACAGCCCGGAGGGCGUGGUGGUUCCCCGCCUCGCCCAAGGGAACCAGAAAGCAGCGCGACUGGUGCAGCACCCUACUGUCGCCGCCUUCCUGGCAUCUCAGGCCAUGGCCUCUGAGGAGUAG